AUAACAGAAUUCUAGUGAAGUGGACGCCAAGAAACGAAGCUCUACCACCUCUUGCCUUGCAUGGUGUUUUCAUCUCCUCUUCUCUCUCAUCCUCAACAAAUCCUCUCUCUCUCUCUCUCUCUCUCUCUCUCUCUCUCAUCAAAUUAAAAGGUCAUCCUUGUUGCCACCUUCUUUGAAUUAGAAUCCACCACCAAGUACAGUACACUCCUCUCUCUAAGAGUGUUGCCGCAUAGACGGUGAAAAGGGAGUGGUGGCGAAGAUGAAGAAAAGAGCAGAAAUAGAUACAACAGCCCCAUUCCGGUCUGUGAAAGAGGCUGUUAUGUUGUUUGGUGAGAGAGUUCUUGCAGGGGAGGUCUAUGCCAACAAGCUCAAAGAGAUGCAGAAUGAAAUAGAAAGUGAAAAUGGGAAUGACACUUCAACACUCCCAAGUGUUACAGAAGAGCUAGAGGAGACAAAGGAAAGCCUCCAAAAAGCAAAGGAAGAAACUAUGGUAAUGGCAACUUGCCUCUCCUCCUUACAAGAAGAGCUCGAACGGACCAAACACGAGCUUCAACAGCUGAAGGUAAGGGAGGAAUUCGAAAAACAAGCAAUGGAGGCCGAGAUAAAAGGCGUGGACUUAAUCGAUGAUUUGUCAAAAGAAUUCGGUGUCAAAACCAGAAAAUUAAGCAAUGAAGUAGGAGAAGUACUCGAGUUUCAAAAGAAGAGGUACGUGACAUUUGCGAAUCCUCCAUCGUUAGCUCAAGUCAUGGUACCACCAAAAGGUGAUGCAGUGGUGCUAGAAAGACAUCCUUCUCUCAAGAAGAAGAAGAAGAAGCCAUUGAUACCACUAAUCAGUGGCAUUUUUACAAUGAAGAAGAAAGGAAGCUCUGAAAUUGCGUCGCCACGAAGGGCUUGAUUGAUAUAAUUAUGCUAAUGAAAAAUACUAAACCCAAAAUUUUAAUUUUUUUUAAUGGAAAUUUUCAACUUUUAAUUCAAUAAGCAAUAUCUAUGUAUGUCACUGUACUUUCUUUUUCAAUGGAACCCAAUUUCUGUUUGAUUGCUUCUAA